GCAUGCGCUAACUUCCUCUUUUCCGGCUGGAACCAUGGAGGGUGUCGAAGAGAAGAAGAAGAAGGUGCCGGCUGUGCCGGAAACCCUCAAGAAAAAGCGAAGGAAUUUUGCCGAACUGAAGAUCAAGCGCUUGAGAAAGAAGUUUGCCCAAAAGAUGCUCCGAAAGGCAAGGAGGAAGCUUAUCUAUGAAAAAGCCAAGCACUAUCAUAAGGAAUAUAGGCAAAUGUACAGAACUGAGAUUCGAAUGGCUAGAAUGGCAAGAAAAGCUGGCAACUUCUAUGUACCUGCGGAACCCAAAUUAGCAUUUGUCAUCAGGAUCAGAGGUAUCAAUGGUGUGAGCCCAAAGGUCCGAAAAGUGUUGCAACUUCUUCGCCUUCGCCAAAUCUUCAAUGGCACCUUUGUUAAGCUCAACAAGGCCUCAAUUAACAUGCUGAGGAUUGUGGAACCAUAUAUUGCAUGGGGGUACCCGAACCUGAAGUCAGUAAACGAACUAAUCUAUAAGCGUGGUUACGGCAAAAUCAAUAAGAAGCGGAUUGCCUUGACAGAUAACUCUUUGAUUGCACGAUCGCUUGGUAAAUAUGGCAUCAUCUGCAUGGAAGACCUGAUUCAUGAGAUCUAUACUGUUGGGAAACGCUUCAAAGAAGCAAACAACUUCCUGUGGCCCUUCAAAUUAUCAUCUCCCAGAGGGGGGAUGAAGAAAAAGACCACCCAUUUUGUAGAAGGGGGAGAUGCUGGCAACAGGGAAGACCAGAUCAAUAGGCUUAUUAGAAGGAUGAACUAAGGUGUCUACUAUGAUUACUUUUAUAAUCUGGUCAGUUAAUAAACAGUGAUUGCUUUCAAAUUAAAAUGUAUUCUGUUGGUGACUUCUUGUUAGUGUGCCUCUGCCUUCCUUUAACUGUAAUGACAAGUCUUAUGAUAAAAUUAACCUAAGUCAAUAGCCUGCUGUAUGCAAAACUAGGGUUUAGUUUGUAUCUCACAGGAAACAUCUUGGCUUAAUAUAAAAAGACCUUAAUUUUGACCUUUGAAUUAUGCCAACAGAAUAAGCCAGAAUGGGUCUAGUUUAUUUCAAGAACUAUUUCAGAGGCAUUUGUGCAUGAUUUGUAGGUAAUAAAAGUUCAUUUACACAUAAGA